AUGCAUUCAAUGACCUUUGUUGACAGAAUUUGUCGGGUCUCCUGGGGAUGGUUCUCAGUCUCGAUGAGCACUGGGAGCAUUGGUACUCUGCUUUACAACACUCCUCACAAGUUUUCUGGUCUUAUGAUUAUUGGAAAGAUAUUUUUCAUUCUUGAUAUUGUCACUUAUUUGGCCAUUUGGGCUUCUCUCAUCACACGAUUCACACGAAACCGACACGCCUUCAGAAAUACAUUCAACGACCCGGAGGAAGCCUAUCUCAUUCCUACAGCUGCUUUGGGCUUCGCUACUAUACUUUUCGGAAUAGAAUGUUAUGGCGUUCCUGCCUGUGGAGAUUGGCUGAAAUAUGUUCAACUGGUCCUGUUCUGGGUCUAUACAGCCGUGGCAAUAUCUCUGGCAGUUGGCCUUAACUGGCAUCUUUACCAGACCCGUAUGGCUUCUCGCCAACCUUUCUGGCUUGUGCGCCUCCUUCCGUCCUUUCCGGCCAUGCUCGGCGGUACCACUGCUUCACUACUCGCUGGCGCCCAGCCUAAUCACUUUGCCAUCCCUAUUCUUAUUGCUGGAACGUGCUUGCAGGGUUUUGGCUUCUUGAUUUCUCUAUUCAUACUAGGUGAAUACUUCUACGGCCUUCACCACCAUGGCCUACCGCCCAUGCGCCGCAGACCUCAGAUGUUCAUUGCUAUUGGACCACCGGCGUUUACUGCAGUCGCGCUAAUGGGCAUGGCCGAGGUUGCAACAGAAAAAUUCCCUGCUCAUUAUAUCCCUUUGGCCUCGCACGUCAACACCGCAGAAAUUCUACUCAUUCUUGCGGUAUUCUUGUCGAUUUUUAUGUGGAUCUUCUCUUUCUUUCUGUGGAUGCUUGGGUGGCUUAGCAUCCUGGCUGCCCACCAUGAAUGGAAGUUUGAUAUCACUUGGUGGGCAACUGUGUUUCCAAAUACUGGGUUUGCUUUGGCAACAAUAAAAAUCGGCGAUUUGGUUGCUUCGAAGCCUAUCCAGUGGGUUGGCAGUGCAGCUACCAUCAUUCAAGUCGCUCUAUGGUUAGGCUGCUUUUUUCUCCACAUAUGGGCGUACCUUACCCGCCGGACGUUGUGGCCAGGCAUGGAUGAGGGAUUUGAAGCAGAGGGACACAUUGGUGAAAGGCUUGAUAUGGAAGGAGAGGUUAUGUCCUCUAAACAUUCAGUGGCAUCAUAGAUAAUUAGCAUCUAUUUAAGUCUCCUUAUAGGUUCAAGAUCGAUCUAAAAAAUUGCUGCAGCUUUCCCAAUGUACCGCCUCUACUUUUGGACUAGAAAUUAUCUCGGGUUGUGGGUUUGUGCGUCGCUCUUCCUAACUUUCGAGUGCGUUUGAUCUCCACCCAUCCCGAGUAGAGGCUUGGCCACCUUGGCAAUGUCUUGAUUUUGAGAGAUGUUGAAGGAAACUGCUGAUAUGGCUGCACUCUUUCAACACCAGGACCAUAUCGUUCAAUGCCCGUGAUCGACUUUUUCGGGCGUAUCAUGUCAUAAGCGCACUGCUGCACGUCGAU